AUGUCGUCAGUACAUUCGGAUGACGAUCAAGAGGAGAUAAAUGUGGACUCUGACAGUAGGUUAUCAGGUCAAUAUGAUAGAAGCAUUGCUUCCGAAGAUCGAGAUUCUGAACAUAGUUUUAAUGAUAGAUAUAGGGAUUCCCCCAACGAUCACAUGACUGAUACCCAACAACGAGUGAAUUUGCCAUUCAGUAUAUCGAGGUUGUUAGGUAAACAGUUCGAGGAUAUAGAUAAACGUAGAAAUUCUAGGGAGAGUGACGAUAGAAGUGACCAGGACACUGAGUCAGAGAGUGCUAAGGACGAUGCAAAGGAGACUGGGUUGCCUUUAAAUUUUUCUCAUAAUCCAGGACUUUAUCCUAACUCUAGUUUGUUGUUAAGACCGGGACUUAGUUUAGGUGGCGGCUAUGGGUUUCCGACUAAUCCAGGGGUUGUGAGAGUGCCAGCUCAUAGGGCACUUGGUGCUUUGGGCGCAUGGGGAGUAGCCUUAGAUCCCAUGAGGCAAGCAGCAGCCGCAGCCUUCGCGCAUCAAGUUGUGAAAGACAGAUUAAACGGUAAGUACAAAGAUUAU